AUGUCGACAUCUAUCAUGCACCCGCCUCGGGUCGGCAGGCCAGACUCGCCCUCGAGCAAGUCGACUCUGACCCAACAGAUCGAGCAGAGCGAAGGCGAACGUACUCCCAGAUCCAAGGCAGCUAGAAGCUCGCCAAAACCUCGAUCCCUCUCCGACGCUCCAAAGCCCUUCCUCUCCCCAUCUCCAGCCAUUCGAGAACCUUUCCGCAGGGUUUCCAAGGAUGAUUCGACCAUCUCAGGCUCGUCCACCCCUACUCGACCCCCCCCUUUUCACAUCAGAGGCCUAUCCCUCCAUGUACCUGCGAAGGACUCUUUGGAGGGGGCAGCUGUGGCGAACAUCCCUCGAAUCCCGCUCUCGCCUAAGCUAGACAGCUCCCAGAUUUAUGGUUCGCCGUCGUCUAUGCUUCCGAGAAGAUCAAGAGGUCUUGACUACACAAGAGCGUGUACAAACCUCCACCAUUCAACACUGGCAGAAGCCUCUCCAGACGCUUCGCCAAUUGCUGGACGAGGUAUCCAAAUCCCACCCAGGAGAAGCUUUGCGAACAACAACGUGCUUGACUCACCAAGCAAUCAGUCAAAUCCUUUAUGGACUUCUUUGUCGAACGAAAAGACAAACUUGUCCAGUUCUGUCAGCAGUGUCAACAUGCUUGGAUCGGAUUCUGAUUCUGAUUCUGAUUCUUCUUCAGAGGACAUGGCAAUUGAUCGGGAGAUGGAGGACGCCAUCCUCAAUACGCCUGCAGCAUCCAGGAUGAAUGGAGGAAUGGUGCCAGGUCUCAUGAACAGCCCAGGUCUGGAAUGGAUGAGCGCCCAACCCUCUCCCGCACAAGCAAGUUUGAUGAGUUUCCAGCCGAACCUGAUGAGCUUUCGGAGAGCACGAACGCGCAAGGGCAAGAGUCAACACAGUUCCAGCAGCGUUAGCAUGAAAAGCUCCAAGCCUUCACCUGGGCCAUUGUCACCUGGCGUCUUGAAGAGUGUGGAAAACGCAGGUAGCGGCUACUUUGGGACGGGACUAACAAAACAACAAGUCCAGUCGAGACGUGAAAGUCUAAGCCUGGGCACAAACGACCUUCAUCUCUCCGACAGCGAAGAUAGCAGUACCAACAAACCGGGCACCGGGCACACUGUCUCCGACAUGGACGGCCCAGGCAGCGAAGGCCCUAGAGGCGUGAUCCGAAGAGCGGUGACUCGUCGUGCCAACCUGCUUCCCAAAACCAAAGGUUUCGCCCGCAUCCGAGCCCAGCUCCUCGAGGAGUCUGCGCCCAUCGAAAGUGAAGCUCGACGUGAGGCAGAAGUCAUUCGUCAAGUGCAGGAGAAUGAUCCGACCGCCCCCCCCGCGCCAUCACCCAUCCUUCAAGCCACCACUGCAUUUGCAGGCGAGCUAGUAGAGGAUUCCAUCGAGGACAUGGCUGUCGACACCGCAAGUACCCUUCCACUGGAGAGUUUCAGUCGACAAGCCGAGAGAAAUUCUGCCGGGUCCGCCUUCUGGAACAGCUUCGAUGGACGCUACCGAACACCUCCCCCUGGUCUGCUACCGCGCGACAGUAUUUCGGCCGCUAGCGACGACGCCAUGGACACUCCAAGCUCUGCUCUUGCAGACAACCUUGCCCUCCGAAACUUUAACCGACGGUCCCGAUCCAGCACUCCAUUAGCUUCCAACCCGCCUACCGCCGGGGAUGUCGCGAGACGAGUCAACAACAAGCGGCGACGCGAAGAAGACUUUGAUGAGGCAUACACCAAACGCCGAGCAGUCUCUCCUGGCAUGAGCGUGCAGAGCAGUCCCCUUCUAUCACAGAGUCCCCUCCUCAAUGGCGACAAAGCUUGGCCCAAACUCCCUCCAAAAGCGAAUGGCCAAGCUCAAGGUGACCGCAGCAACAGUGGAGGAAGCAUGAACGGCGCCAAGAAGGUUGGCCUACAAGGCAUGACUGAGACCAACGAAGGCUUGAUGAGCAUGACCAUUGAUUGA